UUCUGCGAUUAUUUCUUGUCUCAGGAAAGCAAGAAAGAAACCCUUUUCAUUUUCAUUUUUCUCCUUUUUUUUUUUUUGUGGUGAUCAGGAGCUACAGAUCAAGAAAAAAAAGGAAAAAAAAAGGGCAUUAUUAUUUUGUUCAUCUUCUCUCUUCCUUUUUCCCUGUCUCUCUCAAACUUUGCUUUGCUUUUUCAUGAUGAGAAGGGAAGAAAUAGGCGUGAUAAAUAGCUCGUCUUCGUCCUCGAGCAGCAGGUGCCAAGACUGCGGGAAUCAAGCCAAAAAAGACUGCGAGCAUUCGCGGUGUCGAACCUGCUGCAAGAGCCGCGGCCUCCAGUGCCCCACCCACGUGAAGAGCACGUGGGUGCCGGUGGCCCAGCGCCGCCCCCGCCACAAUGUGAUGCAGCAGCACCACCAGAUUUCCGCCUCCGUUGACCACGGCCCAAACCCUAAAAGAUACCGCGAAAAUCAAGCUGCUUUAGGGUUAGAGGAAGGGGAUUUUCCAGGGGAGGUUUGCUUUCCGGCGAUAUUCCGAUGCGUUCGGGUGAGCUCGAUGGACAAUGUGGUGGACGAAUACGCGUAUCAGACGACGGUCAACAUCGCCGGGCAUCUAUUCACCGGUCUAUUGUAUGAUCAAGGGCCGCCAGAACCGGAGGGAACCGGAAACUAUGUCGCCGGAGGGAGCUCUUCUGCUGCAAUUGGGUUCUUGCAACAGCCACAUUUUCUCAACAGUACUAGUGCUGCAGCUACUGGUACAACCCCCUCUCAAUAUCCUAGCUCUUUCUGCCCAUUUACCUCUACUAGUUCACAGUUCUUCUAAAAGGCAUAUGCCUCAUUCCAAAUCUUGAAAAAAUGGGGAUAUUUUUAGCUAUGAAGAGGUGGUGGCGGUGAUUAGGAUGAUGAUGGGAAGUUAAAAAUAAUUGUUUCGCUUCUUAUUUCUAUAAAGAUUUAUUUGAUUUUAUUUUAAGAAAUUGAUCGAGGAAAGGGGAAUUUGUAUAUAUCCCCUUUUUGCUGGUUCAUGCAUAUCCCUUACCACUUUAAAUAUAUGUUAAGACAAAUAUAAGGAAAUUAAUCUCUUAGUUGGUGUCUGCCUAA